AAGAUCCUCGUCGCCUACCAGGGCGUUCCCGGCGCGUACAGCGAGGCCGCGGCGCUGGAGGCGUACCCGACGUGCGAGCCGCGGCCGUGCGAGCAGUUCGAGGACGCGUUCGAGUCCACGGAGCAGUUCUCGACGGACCGCGCGGUGCUUCCCUUUGAAAACUCCCUCGGCGGGAGCAUCCACCGCAACUACGACCUCGUGCUGACGCACCGGCUGCACAUCGUCGGCGAGGUGUACUUCAAAGUCCGACACUGUCUCCUCGCGCUGCCGGGGCAGGAGAAGAGCGCGCUGACCAGGGCGCUGUCGCACCCGCAGGCGCUCUCGCAGUGCGACGGGUACCUCACGAGACUAGGCGUGGUGAAGGAGGAGUUCGACGACACCGCGGGCGCGGCGGCGCACAUCCAACGCGAAGGCCUGUUCGGGCACGCCGCGAUCGCGUCGCGUCGCGCGGCGGAGUUGUACGGGAUGCACGUGUACGACGAGGACAUUCAGGACGACGAGUCCAACGUGACUCGGUUCCUGGCGCUCGCGCGCGAGCCGCUUCCGCCGCGCGAGGGCGUGCCGUACAAGACGUCGAUCGUGUGCAGCCUGCGAGAGGGCAGCGGCGCGCUGUUCAAGGCGCUGUCGUGCUUCGCGCUGAGAGACAUCAACCUCACGAAGGUGGAGUCGCGGCCGAUGCGGUGGAACCCGGUGAGCGGGUCUCGAAAGGAUGGCAGCGGCGGGAUGCAGUUCAUGUACUUGUUCUACGUCGACUUCGACGCGAGCAUGGCGGACGAGAACGCGCAGAACGCGCUGAGGCAUCUGCAGGAGCAGACGACAUUUUUUAGGGUGCUCGGGAGUUACCCCGCGGACGACUCGACGCUGCCCGCGUGA